AUGUUACAAAAACUUGAAAAGCGUUGGGCUAAUUGGAAGCAACCUUUACUUUUUUUGGCAACUGUAUUUCAUCCGUAUUUUUGUGUUCAGGCAUUUUCUGACCAAAAUUAUUUUACUCUUGAACAAAUAGUUCAUUGGGUCGAAUAUUAUUAUGAAAUAUGGUUUAAAAAUAUUAUUAAUGCAAUUUUAGAAGAAGAGGCUAUAAAUCAAAAAGACAUUAGUAAGGUUGCAUUUCGAUUGUUUGGCAUUAAAGUUAAUUCAGCUCCAUGUGAGCAUCUUUUUUCCCGUAUGGGAUGGUUUCACAAUUUACGACGUAAUCGUCUUCAGCUACAAACUGUUUUUCAGAUAGCACAAAUCGCAGCAAAAAUGAAAUGGGAGAAAUGUUUAGAGGAUACCAAAAAAAUUCAAAAAGAAACUAGUGAAAAACAUGCAUUUGUUCCAACUAAGCAACAAACUAAAUCUAAUACAGCUGAUCCUACCGAUGAUAAUCAUACUUUAAUGCUUGACGACGAAGAUAUUACUGAAGAGACUGCUAGUGACGAUGAUAAUUCUAGUACAGAAAAUAGUGAUUUUGAUAAUAAUGAGAAUGAACCUGAUGAGCCUAAUGAGCCUGAUGCAAAUGCAGAAGCUCUAGAUGCUGCUGACGUUCUUAAUUGUCAUUCAGCCGAUCAUACAAAUUCAAAAACUCAACUUCAGUAUCUUUUUUCACGCAUUUUGUCCUCACCAUUGUUUGUUUGCACUCUUAGAAAAGUCAUUGAAACCAAUGAAAUUUUACAAUAA